GUCGCUUACGGGCGCGUCUGGUCUACGCCGCGGCCGCAGUCUCGUCUUCCACGCAUGAUAGGCCGGUCGACGUCCACGCGCUCGGCAUAGAGGAACGGCGGAGAGCAUAUGUCACCGCUCGGGAGCACUCGGAGCACUUACGCUUGGCGUCACCGCGCGGUGAAACUUGGCGCCAUGUGCCUCGUGAGGAAUCGAACGGUCAGGAGUUCCCGACGGAACCUCGCCGCGUGAGACUGGGAUAUCCGGUCGGCAAAUUCCCUCUACGAGCGGAGUCAAAUUUUCGCGUUCUCUCUCCCCCGCUGUCCCCCGUUCGUCUGAUGAGACUGCGAAAACCGUCACGUUGUGAUUCGCGAAUGAUCGAUGAGAAAAGAGAAACUCGAACUUUCGAAGGGAAGAAUAAAAGAGAGAGAGAGAGAGGAAGAGAGGGAAAGAGACAGAAUAGGAGGACGGAAGAUUUAUUGAGAGAAAAAGGACAGUUUACUGUUUGUGAAGGACGAACUGGUCACCGGCUUUUGAAAACACCGCCGCGGCACAGUAGUGCGCGAUGCGCUGAACCCGGUAUAACAGAGAUCUAGACUCGGACUACUUGGGAUGAGAUAGUUUCGAGCUUCGGUUUUCUCUCCAAGUAAAGAUGGUAGCUGUAUCGGAAAGAGGAUACUUCCAUUGGAUCGAUUGGCUGGUGUUUGCGCUUAUGCUCCUCGUGUCUGCCGCAGCCGGCUUAUGGCACUUCAGAAGGGCGCAAAAGUCAAGCACGCAGGACUACCUGCUUGGAGGAAGGAGCUUAGGACUCUUUCCCGUAUCCGCUUCCCUCGUUGCCAGCUUCAUAUCAGGCGUGACGAUCUUGGGCACUCCGGCGGAGAUCUACAACUUCGGCACGCAAUAUUGGAUCACGAUCUUCUCGAUUCUUUUCGCCGGUAUCACGGUCGCUACUGUGUACCUGCCUGUAUUUACUACUCUGCAACUCAACUCCGUUUACGAGUAUUUGGAAAUUCGAUUUAGCCGAGCCGUGCGGAUUCUGAUUUCCACAAUGUUCGUAUUCGACGUGAUCCUUUAUCAAUCGAUCGUGGUCUAUGUUCCCGCGCUGGCGCUAAAUCAAGUGAGCGGCAUCAAUAUACAUCUGAUUGGAAGUAUCGUAUGCGUCGUCUGCGUUUUCUACACCGUCUUGGGUGGCAUCCGAGCGGUGGUUUGGACAGACGCGCUACAAGUUGGCGUGAUGAUAGCGGCGGUUAUCUCAGUUACCGCUUUAGGAACCUAUCAAAUGGGCGGAGUGUCUAAAAUUUGGAGCAGGGCCGCCGAUGCCAAUCGCAUCGAAUUUUUCAACUUCGAUCCAUCCCCAUUCACGAGGCACACCGUUUGGACAGUACUGAUUGGUUCUUGGUUGUACUGUACCGCUUAUAUCGCUGUCAAUCAAACUAUGGUCCAACGAUACAAAUCGUUGAGAAGCACGAAAAUAUCUCAAUUAUCCAUCGCGAUAUUUACCGUCAGCAUAAUGUUGUUUGUUUCAAUAUGCUGUUGGUGCGGACUGGUCCUUCUCGCUUGGUGGUCGCCACCGAAAUGCGAUCCAAGAGCUUCCGGCUUAAUUACGGCCGACGAUCAACUGUUGCCGGCUUAUGUCAUGGAGAUCGCCCAUCAUUUGCAUGGGAUACCUGGCCUUUUUAUUUCCGGUAUUUUUGGCGCUGCGCUCAGUUCAUUAUCAGUGGGCUUCAACUCAACGUCCGUUGUGAUUUUGGAGGACUUCGUUAAAGGUUGCUUCAAAAUGAAGCCCAACGAUCGUUGUUCCACGAUUUUCGUGAAAACCCUUGUCAUCCUGUUCGGUUUGCUGGCGCUGUGCUUGCUCUUCCUGAUCGAGAAGCUAGGAGGAGUUCUAGCCGUAACGAAUAGUUUGGCUGCCAUCGCUGCCGGGACUUCCUUUGGCGUUUUCACUCUGGGAAUCUUGUUUCCGUGGGCAAAUUCCAAGGGUGCCUUUAUCGGGGCUAUUGCCGGAUUCACGAUGGCCGGAUGGGUCAGUUUCGGUGCGAAUGCGGCUAUCGGUUCUGGUCUCGUGUUACCGAAGAAACUUCCAGUGCCGCAGUGUGCGGGAAAUGUCAGCCAAGCUUUCUUGAAGCAAUUCGAAUGGUCCAACGAGGACGACGUCUUCCCUUUGUAUCGGUUAUCCUACCACUGGGUCGCUCCUAUUGGCACGCUAGUGGUACUUGUAGUAGGUGGGAUUGUCACCUGGAUGACAGGUGCGCGAGAUCCUUCAUCGAUCGACAGGAAUUUGCUCUCUCCGGUGAUUCAUAGGUGGUUACCAACACGACCAAAAUAUCAAACAGAGGUAGAUGGACCGCCUGGGUCGGGAUCGACCGAUUUGCAAGUAUCGGUAAAUUUAUUACCGGUUUAUUCACCGAAAAUUGCAACCUGACAUUCUGUAGGAAACAAAGAGCAAACGUAUCGUCGUGCUUAUAACCGACGGAUAUGUUAAACCGCGCGAUUGCGAGAUUUUCAAAUUCUUUUUAUAGAUUUUUUAUAACCGGAUCAUUUUUUUUCGCUCUUUUUCGAGGUAUGCAUUUAUGGAAAUUAAUUGGGCGUGUAAAGUAAAUCUCCGAUUGUGAAAAUGUGUUUCAAUUUUGGGCAAUCGGAACCAACUGAAUUUAGUGUGUGUAAAUUUACAUUAAGUGUAAAUGCACAUUGAGCUAAGUGCGUAAUAGAGAAAUUGUAAAAUUAUAUUUUUAUAUAUAUAUAUCAGAGUAUCUAUACGUAUAGUAAUAGACAAUACAAUGUAUAUGUAUGUAUGUAAAUAUACAUGCAUGUGUAUUUUUCAUAGACUAAGUAGAAAUAAUAAAAUGCUCAUUAAUGUAA